UAUGCGGAAUAAAAAAAAUCACUACGAUCGAAUAAUCGAGCACAAAGUUAAGGUCAUUGAAAAUUUCAACAUAGUGGAGUUUGUCUGACUAGAUCUGUAUUGAGUUAGUCUGACUCAGUCUGGAUUGAUCCCAUUGGUGGUUCGAGUCACUCUAACUCGAACCAACCCAAACUUAGGUAUUUUGGAAAAAAUACAAGUGCUUUAGUUUAGAAAUUUAUUUUAAUUAAUGUUGUGUUUAGAAAUUGUUUCCUCGUCCUCCUUAUAUAGAGAGCUAAAACCCUAAAUCGGUCAAAGAUUAGGUCAGUAACCAUUGGUUACUCACCCAUGGGUAAUUACAUCUGGACCAUCUAGGGAUGGCAACAAAACCCGAACCCACGGAUACCCUACCCGACCCAACCCGAUCAAUGCGGGUAAAUCCUGUGUUGACGGGUUUUGGGUCGGAUUUGGCUUUAAACCUGUUAUACUUUCACCGAGUUGGGUUGGGUUGGGUUUGGGUUUAGGGAUACCCGACCCAUGGGUAGCCACCCACACUUACUCCGUCCCCUACUCUCCAAAUCCUACCAUAAUUCUAAUUUCUCCCAAUUUAAUUUAUAAUUUAUAUGGAUAAUUCGUAAUUUGUUUGAAUUGUCUAGACUCGUGUUUUAUGUAUGGAUAAUUUCUAUGAAGAAAUUGAUGUUUGACUUUUAUUUUGAUAGGAACUUGUCAUUGUAAAUUUUUUACCACAAAAACUCAUGGGUACCCAUGAGUCCGCUGAUAUCCAGCGGGUUGGGUUGGGUUUGAGUUUUCCAACCCCAUUGGGUUUUACCCCGGGUUUUCUUGAUGGAUAAACCCAUGAGUUUGGGUUUGGCAAAACCCGACCUAACCCGACCCAUUGCCAUCCCUAGGACCUUCCUUUUUAAGUAGGCCCAGAAAUUCAGAUCUAAGAAUUGUGAAUUGAAAUCACUUUAUUUUCCCUAGUUUCCUUAAUUGAUUCUUAAUUCUUAUCUUCUUAGUUGGUUGAUUUAUUGAAUUGUUUAUUAUUAUUUUUUUUUAACGUGGCAUGCUGAUUGGAUUCAAUUAAAGAAUUUUUGAGUGAAAGUGGACGGAUUGACCACUUCGUUAUUAGUCCAAAUGUAUUUUAUUAACACAUGUAAAAUUAAAAUUUAGUAAUCAUUUUGUACUCAGUGAUAAAGUUGUGAGAGACUUACUCCUCCGUAUCCCUAUACGCCAACUCGUCUGGAUCUGUACCCGAACAGCCGGUGGUCGAUUUCAUGGAUCCUGACGCUUGCGAUAGGGUUAUAGUCCAUCACCAGCUUAAGGCGAUGUCGGAGGGAUCGGAAGAGGAGGAGGGAUCGUCGGAGGAAGGCGAAUCGGAGGGGGAGUCGUCGGAGGGAUUGGAAGAGGAGGCCGAAUCGGAGCAGGAGACCAUUAAGCCAAAGAUAUAUUUAGGACCGCCGGAGGGUAUUGAUAGUUAUCCAGAGAACAAAUACGGGAAGAGAUUCUGUCAAUGCUGCCAAAAGCUUCGAGAGCGGGAGUUCAAACCCAAGGACGACGAUUGCAAUUAUUUAUAUGAUAAGGACGAUUUUGAGGGCGACGAACAACUUAAGCUGCGGGUCGUCCAUCACAGGAGGAAGAAGUGGAUCACCGGUGGAUUUUAUGCGGAUUGCCAGCCAGCAUACACUAGAUACGGAGGCAUUUACCACCAAGAACAUCACUGGGAAGUUCUGAAUUUAGACGACAUGAUCCGGUCUUCUGUUAGAUUCGUCAUCAAGCAAUAUAAAAAGCUCAAGGGCCAGGGCUUGAUUUUAAAAGACAUUCUGAACACGACCAUGGAGCGAUAUGCCUGUUGGUGGUUCUAUGUGACUUUUACCGGCUGCGAACAGUGCUCUUCUGAUGAAGUCCAGAUUUACCAGACCCUGGUGGCCUAUUUCUUCAGGGGGGGAAAACAUGAAGUUGCAAUCCUAAGGAGGAAAAUUAUCGGUGAAGACGAGUAUGUGGAUUUGUUACCACCUUCUGACGAGCUUACCGAGGAGCGCACAAGGGUAAAGAAAGAGUUGAUGUCCAGCUUGGACGAGGAAGAUAGACAAGUAUUUGAGCUCGAGAAAAAAAGCCAGAGGUGAAGAGGGAGAAACAGACCAAAGCUACAGGUCUGGCCCCGCUCUCUUUGGACUAGACGGAGACAACUAUGAUCAGUAUAAUUGAUUGAUGUUGUAAUAGGUGUUGAUGUUUCAAAGUGCCAGGACAACACUUGUUCUGCUAAGCCGACAAUGCUAGCUAGACGUGGUUGGCGUUAUUCCUGCAAGACAACCUAGUACAUACAACCAUUUCUAGGGAUGGCAAAGUGUACCCAAUAUUUGGGAAUUGUCCAAAUCAAACUUUUUUAUGAGUGAAAUCAAGUUUGAUUAAUUAUAUAUCUGGACCAUAUUCAUAUCCGAUUAUUUCUUGCAUAAUCUAAUAUUAUUUCUCCUAUUUUGAUUUUUGUUCAACUAGUUAGACUUGAUUUUUGAACUAUUUAGACUCAAGUCUGCUCGAUCAGGAUGUUGCGAAUUAGGUGUAAUCGACUCAGUCCAACCAAUUUAAGAGCUUUCUUGUUCAUUAUGGAUCAUGACGGCGUCAGCGGUUGGGUUCAGAUUGCUCUCCCGAGGUCCAUUUCACUCUCGCUCCUGCUCUACUCCGGCGAAGGGUUGCGAUGCGCUUCCCGAGGGAGCGAUGCACUUCCCUGGAAGCGUAGGAGAAGCGCAACCCAGGAAGCCGAAGAAGCUCUAAGCUUUCCAGAAAACCGAAAGACUUAUGCGCUUCUCAAAAGGCGAAGUACUAAGCUUCCUAUAAGAGAAUAGUUGAUCUUGCUUCACGCAAGUAAGACAUUAACAAGACACAUGACUUCCUGACAACAUGGACGCGACAUUGGUGAGACGCGAAACAAGAGCGUCUUGAGUUAAAACUCUCAAGCCGUGGGGGCCACCCUACCUAGGUCGCAAUUAUGGUCUACUAGCAGUAACAACAAUGGACUAGCGAAGGAACUCUUAACCACUUGAGAGCUUUGGUUCAAGACAUCGAAAGCCAAGCAAGGGGCAAAGGAAAUGAUCACGCAAAUCGCACAAAGGGCAAACCGCAUCAUCCGGAUUCGUAAGUAAGGCAAAUUAAUACACGAUUAACGCAUUA